UGAACACAGCGUGAUCGGACAUAUCAGACUACUUACAGCUCCGAGAGUCCAACACAGAAAAGAAAAGUAAGAGAAAAUGUACAGCCGAUCAGACAGCAUCACUCUGACCGUCCAGCGGGAGAGAUUCGCCUUCCCCGGAGUGGCGACCCGCAGCACGGAGCCGGAGGUCUUCACCUUCGAGCGGGUACCGGCUCCAGCCACCGCCGUGCGCUCCUAUGUGCCAAUCCGACCCAAGAAGCGCUGCACCCGGGUCAUGUACCCCGCUAAAGUCCGCAUGCAUCUUCCUCCCCCAGAGAGGAGCCAGGCCAAGCGCUGGCUGGUCAUCCUGUGCCUGGUGGUCCUCUGGCAGAUCUACAUUGAGGAUCCGUACGCGGACGCGCCGCUGGGGAGCAUGGAUAGCCCCAUCAGCGACUACCAGAGCUUCUCCUUCUCGUCAGCGGAGGAUCAGCUGGCAGACCUCAGUCCUGCCGCACCGAGCAGCUGUAAAGAGGCAGAGCAGAUCAUCCCGGACACCGCCUGCCUGGAGUCAGCCCAGAACACCGACACCAGCCGCUCCUUCGAGCAGAGCGCCGGGAAAAGCUACAUGGUGGCCCUGCUGGUCUACCAUAGACUGGGCAACGACAACUGAAGCUCCCGGGAAUGGUUCAACCCUAAACCGCCUUUGUCUUGGACUGUGUGAAGAAAACAAGCCGAGCUGGAGGUGAUCCUGAGAAGCUCCGGAGAAGAACGCUGCGUCCUGCAUGGCGCAACCGAGUGAGCUCCAUGCGCCGGCGUGUUCCUGCCAGCAGUCCUCCUCACAGCUGGGGAGGACUUCCAGUCUGGAUAAGGGACACCUGAGAGAGAAAAAGAACUGUGAACACUAAAAAGACUUAAACUGGAAGAAGACUUGAACUGAUGUGUGAUUUACACAUAGACUGCACUUAGAGACUAAGUCUAUUUUUCUGUCAUGGAAAACUUUCCUCAUGAGGCCAACAAGCCUGAAACUGACAUGUCAAUGUUUAAAUGUUUUAUUUAGCUAUUUAUUCUAUUUACUAUUUAUUGAACAAUAAUUUUAAUAAAAGACAUUUUUAAAUGAAGUUCAUAUUUCCUGCC